AUGACGUCCGUACCAAGUGAAACAAUUUGGUCAUCCAUGAUUGCUGCUCGACAGCUUUCACUAAAUUAUUAUACAUUAUCAACUUGUUUAACAGAUCUUUUACAUCGUUAUAUUGAAAUUUCAUCAUCAUCACAAAACAAUAAUGUAUCAUCAUCGUUAUUUCAUAACCUUGAUCGAACAUUAUUUUCUACAACAACAAAUCCAUCUAAACUUUCUGAUGAAUAUUCCAAUAUAAUACACAAUAUAUUAAAACAAAAUUCUUUACAUACGAAUAUAAUACAGAAUGUUCGACGUCUUUUUCGUUUCGAUUCUUUUCUUAAAGAGUUAUUUACAACCGAAGUUAACGAACAUUGUCAAUGUCAAGAAUGUGAUUGUACAAUUUCGAAUAGUAUAACUGAUGUUAUUCAUGAUAUUAAAGAAAUACGAACCACAUUAUUGACUGAAUCAAGUCAAACAUCGUGUGCUUGUUUUCGAUGUGGAGAUCAAAAUCAAUCGAAAACAUUAACAUUUAAACAAUCUAGUCCAUGUCUUGCUUUAACAGUAAAUUGUUUAAAUGUUAAACCAACUGAUCAAUUAACAAAUAUACAAGGUGUUGUAUAUGAUUUAGUUUAUAUUAUUCAAUUGGAUUUAACAUCAAGUUCAAUAAUCAAUGUAUAUUUACGACAAGAUACGGAAUUUCUUAAAGUUGAUGGAAUAGAUACAUCAAGUCGAUUAUCAACAAUAAAUAGUCAAGGAAAAUUUCUUACACUUUGGCUUAGUAAUCAAUCAACAUCAAUAAAAGAUGCUACUCAAAUACCAACAACAACAACAACUUCAGAUAAUCAUACAUAUUUAUCUCCACCACAUUCAGCAUCAUCAGCAUCACAAAUAAUAUCGAACUCACAAAUAAUCAUUGAUACAUCAAUUCCAUAUCAAAAUACAAAUACAAUUAGUUUUGAUGAUACAUCAAUGCCAUCGAAUAGUGCAGAUGAAGAUUUUGAUGAAUUUUUUAAAGCAUUUCCUGAACCAGCAGUUAAUGAAGAUAUAUCAACUUUAAUUACAACAACAAAUAAUGAUAAUGCUAGUGUUAGUGAAGAUAUAUCAAAUUCAACUACAACAACAACAACAAAUAAUGAUAGUGUUAGUGAUCUUUAUCUGACAUUACUUCAUUCAACGCAUAAAGAAUCUUCACCAAUGAAAUCACGUGCUGAACAUGAUCGUACAGUAAAUGCCCUUGCAUCAGAUAUUUUCUGGCCAUUAAUUAUGGAACAAACACAACGACGAAGUGAAAAGAAAACUUCAUCAUCAGCAUCAUCAACAGCAACUACAAAAUCGAUUGCAUCCAAUUCAUCAACGACUAGUUCAACAUUAGGAAGAAAUCGUUUAAAUAAACAAUUACCAUCUAUAACAAGAUCACAGCGUAGUCAUCCGUAUAGAACAUCAUAA